AGAGAGAGAGAGAGAGAGUGUGUGUGUGCGCGAGCGAGUGCUUUCAGUUCGUUCUGCGCUCUCGUCCGGAGCACGCGGCUGUGUGUGAGAGUGUGUGUAUGUGUAGGUGCGUGUGUGUGCGCGCGCGCCCGAGCGCCUCGCUCCGGACUCGUUCUCCGCGUCUUCAUCCAGAGCUCUGAGCCGGCAGGUGGGAAUGACAUGAGCACCCAUGAGAGGAAGAGAGGGAGAGACGUACGGGGACGGCAGGUCUUCCUGAGAGCCGACGAGCCGCACGCGCUCCACACCUCCGUACAGGAUGCAUUGCUGCGGCUGGCCUCCGUCGUUGACGUCAACAACCUGCGGGUGGCCAUUAAAGAGACACUGGAGUCCCUGCUGCCCAAAGUGGAGAGUGUAUUCGUGUACCUGCUGGAGGAAGAGUCUCAGUUGGUGUGUGAGGAUCCGCCCCAUGAAAUCCCUCCCCAUGAAGUGGAAGGCAAGCUCAGGGAGGUGCUGGUGCAGAAGAAGAGAGUGGUGUGUGCCGGUCUGCCAUCUACAGAACUGCAAGAGAAACAAAGAAGUAGCCUAGCGGCACCGCUAGCACCUGACAAACGAGUGGUGAUCAUUCCAUUUGUGGAUGAGGAUGAAGAUCUAGUGCUAUCUCUUGUGCUGGUUAGCUGCCGACAGCUCUCAGACCAGGAUGAGCAGAAUCUUAAUCUUCUGGAGAAACAUCUUACUGUGGCCUGUAAAAGAGUGCAGGCUCUAAAGAGGGCUACAACACGGCCGACAGCCCAAUCCCAGGAGUCACCACUCAAAGCCGAUCCUGCCGCUGCCGAGGAAAAGGACUACAGAGAAUUAGAUCGCAAGAUUCUGCAGCUCUGUGGUGGGCUGUACGAUCUGGACGCUUCCUCCCUUCAGCUCAAGGUUAUCAACUAUUUGCAGAAGGAGACUGAGUCUCAGUGCUGUUGUCUGCUGCUGGUAUCUGAAGACAACCACCAACUUUUCUGCCAGGUGGUGGGAGAUAAGGUUCUGGAGGAGGAGAUCAGUUUUCCGCUGAUGUUCGGACGCUUUGGGCAGGUGGUGGAGAAAAAGAAAUCCAUCACCCUACAGGAUGUGAGCCAGGAGGAGAGGAGGCAGUUGAGCAGUAUGUUGGGGUUCGAGGCGAACUCCAUGCUGUGUGUUCCAGUGGUCAGUCAGGCUACAGCCCAGGUGGUGGCGCUAGCAUGUACCUUUAACAAAAAAGGAGGACAGAAGUACACUGCGGCGGAUGAGCAUGUGAUCCAGCACUGCUUCUGCUACACCUCCACAGUGCUGACCAGCACACUGGCCUUCCAGAAGGAGCAGAAGCUCAAGUUUGAGUGUCAGGCUCUUCUCCAGGUGGCUAAAAACUUGUUCACACAUCUUGAUGAUGUGUCUGUUCUACUGCAGGAGAUCAUUGUAGAGGCCAGGAACCUGAGCAAUGCUGAGAUUUGUUCAGUCUUUCUGCUCGAUCGUGUCAGUCAUGAACUCGUGGCCAAAGUCUUCGAUGGUGGGGUGGUCAAUGAAGAUGAGAAGGAAUUCCGUAUCCCUGCUGAUCAGGGCAUCGCAGGGCACGUCGCAACUACAGGCAAAAUCCUUAAUAUUAAAGAUGCCUACUCUCACCCACUGUUUUAUCGGGGUGUGGAUGACAGCACCGGCUUCAGAACCCGGAACAUCCUCUGCUUCCCAAUUAAAGAUGAGAACGGAGAGGUUAUUGGAGUUGCUGAACUGGUGAAUAAGACAAAUGGACCGUGGUUUAACCGCUUUGAUGAGGAUCUGGCAACCGCCUUCUCCAUUUACUGCGGGAUCAGCAUUGCCCAUUCCCUGCUGUAUAAGAGAGUGCACGAGGCGCAGUUCCGCAGUCACCUGGCCAACGAGAUGAUGAUGUACCACAUGAAGGUGUCCGAGGAGGAGGUGACCAAGCUGCUGACCAGCGGCAUCGAGCCCGUGGAGCAGAUUCACCCCAGCUUUGCUGAGUUCACCUACACACCACGCUCUCUGCCAGAUGACAACACACCCAUGGGUAUUCUGAGCAUGUUUGAGGAUAUGGGCUUUAUUAACACCUACAAGAUUGACAUACACACUCUAGCAAGGUUUUGUCUGAUGGUGAAGAAAGGCUACAGGGACCCUCCUUAUCACAAUUGGAUGCACGCAUUCUCCGUUUCACACUUCUGCUACCUGCUCUACAAAAACCUGGAGCUCUCCAACUACCUCGAGGACAUAGAGAUCUUAGCUCUCUUUGUAUCCUGCAUGUGCCAUGAUCUGGACCACCGAGGAACAAACAACUCUUUCCAGGUGGCUUCGCAAUCCGUUCUGGCGGCCCUUUACAGUUCUGAGGGAUCUGUUAUGGAGCGGCAUCAUUUUGCUCAGGCCAUCGCCAUCCUUAACACCCACGGCUGCAACAUCUUUGAGAAAUUCUCCAGAAAGGAUUAUCAGAGGAUGCUGGAUCUGAUGAGGGACAUCAUUCUGGCCACUGAUCUGGCCCACCACCUCCGCAUCUUCAAAGACCUGCAGAAGAUGGCAACGGUUGGGUAUAAUCCUAGAAACCGCACACACCGCAGCCUGCUCCUGUGCCUGCUGAUGACCUCCUGUGACCUCUCAGAUCAGACCAAGGGCUGGAAGACCACCAGGAAGAUUGCUGAGCUGAUCUACAAAGAGUUCUUCUCUCAGGGUGAUUUGGAGAAGGCCAUGGGGAACAGGCCCAGUGAGAUGAUGGACCGAGAGAAGGCGUAUAUUCCUGAACUGCAGAUCAGCUUCAUGGAGCACAUCGCAAUGCCCAUCUACAAGCUACUGCAGGAGAUUUUUCCCCGGUCAACCGAACUUUACGAGCGGGUGGCGGCCAACCGUGAACAAUGGUCCAAAGUCUCGCACAAGUUCACCAUCCGUGGGUUGCCCAGCAACAACUCGCUGGACUUCCUGGACGAGGAGUACGAGCUGAUGCAGGCGCAGGGAGCGUUCGGCGACGACAUCCACCGCAUGAACGGCUGCCUGGACGAAGACUGCUGCAAGAGGGACCAGUGACCCGGACGUGUCCUGCUGAGCACUGCUGAGAUUCAACGUAACGGUUUCACGCCUGCUGUUCUCUCUGCAGAAAAGUGAGAAGCCGCGUUUCUGUCGUGGAAGACGGUGAUGAUUUGGAGACGGGAGCCUUAAAGGGGCGGAGAGUUGAGACACUGGAGCUUGUGGGCGGGAUUGAUAUGCUGCAGCUAAUGAUGUCAUUUCCAGCCAUUUAAACCAUUCGUGUGAAACAGAACUAUUCACUUGUCGUAGGGCGAGUCUUCAAGUGAUCGGUGUAGCCUCAUGUUUUUCCGUAAGGCGUGUCAAAAAAACAAACAAACAAAUGAAAAAAAAAAAAAACAUUUCAGAAUGUUCCGUAAAAAUUUACUUCAUUUUGAUAGCUGAACAAAAAUAAGCCUCAUGCGUUGUUUCAUUUUUUAUAUUCUGUCCUACUGUAAACAUCAUAAAGUCGCCUCUAAAUAUUCACAUACGAUGUACAGAAGAUAAACAAAAAUAUUUAUAAAUAUUAGGACUUUUUUUUUCUUUCUAUAUAGCGUAAACUGUAACUGUUGCUAGCUAGCUGGUCAGUUCUACAUGCAAACGCACUAGCAAGGAGUGAUUUUAUUUGUUCGAGUUUGAGUUUUUAUUUGCAGUCUCAAAUGUGUUUUGGCAACCAACCACAGUCCCUUUUGUUCAGAAAAAAAAAAUGUUACGACAAUCAAGCCGGCGUGAUAUUGCCUACAUUAUACUGUAACUCCUUACCAAACAAAUACUAUAAUUCAAAUAGGUCGACUUCAAAAUGUAGGCUAAGCUUUAGUUUUGUUCGCUUUCAUUUGCUUAUCUUCUUAAAAAUGCAAAUUCUAAAGUGAAAUUCUACAGUUUUGCCAAUAUUUCUGCAUAUUUCAGUCAAAUCAGACAGUAAACUACUGUAGGUUAUUCAGAAUGGGAGUAGUGUGAAUUGGUUCACUGCAGAAAAGCCCAUUGACUAUUUACACUGCUGGUAAUGGGAACUAGGUGUGGUGAUACUGUUAACAUAAAAACAACGCAACCCAAGUAUAGGCAACCCAAAACCCCUAGUGAACCAAGACUUAACCAAGGCCCAGUCCCAUUUCUCUUUUCUAAUUAUUCCCCUACCUUAUGCUUUUGAGUGAAAUCCUUCCUCUAAGAAUUGGAACAAUCCUUCAAGAACCUGAUACAGAUAACAGUGUUUAUAGCAGUGAAGCGCUAAAGUUCAGCAACCUAGCUGCUGCUGAUUAACUAGUUAACUUUAGAGCUUUAUCUUAUGUCUUCAGAAAGAGAAAAGGUGGUACAGCAAUUAAUUAUUAUUGUCCAUUUCUUAAUUCCUCUGUGAUGGGGAGAUAAAAAAUCUGCAUCCUAUGCCGUCUAUUUAAGGUGGAAUGGGAACGCUAGCUAGCUAGCUAUCUACAUAGAUGAACAGUUAGCAAUUUUUUGCUGCUUGUUAUGAAGAAAAUGGUCAUAAAGCAUUGAAAGCAUAAUUUUUAACAAGGAAAAUACUCAUAUUUGUGGUUUUCUUUGGUUGCUGUGCCGGACCACUAGUGCUAGUGAUUUUUAUAGUCCUCUGUUUGGAGUGUUCCUCUGAAAAAAAUCUUUAUUUGAAGGUCCAUGUGUUUCUAAAACAUCCCCUAACCUACCCCUCUAGCCUAACAAGAAUCAGGACCCCCUAUUCCUAGAUGUGCACAUGCAAAAUAGAGGGCUAGGGUUAACCAAGGGUUGAAAUGGGAUCGGGCCUAAAUCUUAAAUAAUCCACGGUGAUUUACAAGAUUAUUCCUAUUACAGAGGUUAGGAGUCUAGCCCAAGGACUCUUAUUGGUGUAGCGCAGCAUUCAGUCACCCAGACCGGGAAUUGAACCCCAGUCUCCUACAUGCUGUGGUAGCUUACUAGCAGAUAGUGGUGUUAUCCACUGCACCACACCAUUUAAAGCAUUUUAUACCUUGAUGCUGAUGAUGGGAAAUUAGUGGCAAAUUUGAAAAUGCUUGAAACUUUUUUUUUUAGAGACUGAUUCUUCUUCCGACUUGAAUGUAUUAUAUAUGUUCCCUUUAACAGACAAAAUUUAGGCCACCUCAAAACGAUAUUUAGGCCUAUUGCAAAACCAUAUCUCAGGCAUUAGACUGUGGAUCCAUGUCUUGCAGCUUUUAGAGGCAUUAAACUCUACAUCUAGUUCCCCUCACCACCACUGUAAAAACUGUAAAACAGUUUUUGACUGGGUCUAACGUUUUUCUAGGGACCGCUUCACACUAAACCACUUCAAAGACCGAAUGAUAAGAUUUGUUUUGAACCAUUAGUGAACUCCCCUUUAAAUGCAGUGUAAUGGUUUUGCCCUUUAUACAUUACAAGUGCCACAUUGUCUCUUUACGUUAUUUAUUUGUUGGUAUAAUUCUCUCCGUUCUCCUGUGAGACAACACUUAAAGGGUCAUUCGCAACAAACCGCGUUGACUACGCAAAAGCAUACUCGAAUCGAUUGCCGUGAACUUCCGCACCAACGUUUUCUCUAAGGCUGCGUUCGCCGAAUGCUUACCCUUACCCUCGACGACGCAUCCCUCCACAGAGAUCGGUCCCAAUCCACAUAAGCCUAAAUCCAAUUAAGCCCUUUUGCCUUCCCAAGACGCACUCACACACUCACACACACACACACACAUACACAGGCAUUUAUGUAAUGAGGCGCUGGCUCAGAGAAGCGCGACGACUUGCAAUUGCUGCAUUGAGGGUUUCGAGGGUGUAAGAAAUCCCUCACUCUCUGUUACACUAAUGCGGUGAUGAUAACUGUGUGGUAUUAUAUGCUGUGCAGCAGGACACACAAUACCAGAAUCAUAACCUUCUGUCUGGUCAGGGUUGUAACAGCAAUAGCUGGACGCAAGGCAAGAAUUCCUACUAGCCUUCUGAAUUCACUUCCUGAUUUUGGUAGAUUUAGUCCAUGGCUCUUUAUUUCUUUAUUUCUAAAUGAACAAUAUUGGACACCAUUAAUGUGUCCAGAAUCUUUGCUACAGGUCCCUGUCCUCCCACUCCAUGAAUAUAUUUAUACCUUCUAUAUAUUUAUAACUUCCUUCCUCAGAAGGAAGAGCAUGGAGGAAAUAAAGGGAGAAGAACAGAAAGAUGGCAGACCUCCCUCCUAGGAUGCAUGUACCAUCCAACUUUGUCUUUUGUAAAAGUGGUCGCAGCCGUUCACAUUGUCACGCUGGCUGGUUAGCACAUAAGCUAAACAAGCAAGCCAUCUACUAAUUUCAUCCACACUUUAUGGUGGGGGUCUGGAAAUGAGGUGUGUUCAGGAGAAUUUCUGGUGUAUUGUUAUCUUGGCAACGGGAAAUACAGGUGCGCUACUGACUGAUUAAACCCUGACAACAGUCACCUGUCAGAUGUUUAUUCUUAUCUUGGCAAUGCAUGUGCAUCACCGCUUACUGUUACACACAAAUAGAUGUGCCACGGUGCACAAACCCAACUUUCCUGUAAAUUACCUGCUUGCUCACCUUCACAGCGUGAAUGCGCAGGUCAGUUUCCUCUGCUGAGAAGCGCAGAAGCACUGUGCUGCUAAAAUAGCAGUCCUCCAAUGUCAGAGGACACCUGGUAGGAAAUGAGAGGCAAGCGACACUCCGAUUUGUUUAUUUCACUUUACGCCCACAACACUCCCAUGAGAAAUUAAGAUAAUUAGUACAUUAGUACUUUUAAGCAUUUCAAACAGCGCAAUGUGUACUUUUCCCAUUGUUACGAUAGCAAAGACACACUGACACGCCCUAAAUGAAGCUGCACAUUGCACGGUUGACGGUUUGUCUAUAGGAAGCUAAAAUAUGGCCCUAAAUCUCAAAGAAUAUCAACAUAAUGUUACCACAAAUAAGUUCUCAGUUCUUUUUUCCUCCUAGAAGUGAAGAAACGAUGCAGGAAACAAAGAUUUUGAAUAAAAACACUGGAAGAUUCUUAAAACACUGGAUAACUAACUACCCAUAUUUUUUAAACAGGGUUUGUUGCGAUUGACCCAAAACAAAGUGUUCCACUCAAUGAUACCAGGAACAGCAAACAUAAGACAUGCCACACUGGGAAUUCUGCAGCGUCUGGGAAACAGACAUGAGGCACAACCACUACGGUCCAUUGGUUACAGGGGAAUGUUGCACUGACUUCGCAGAGGCGUACCGAUUACGUGUACUUAAUGUUUGCGGGGGAAAUUUAAGGGCUACGUGGCCCGUUGAGGCAUGUGAAGAGGUUUAUUUCUCAGGCUGGCAGAAUAUGUAUAAAAAAUGGAUUUGCCUUAUCAAGUAUGUGUUGCCUUCCUGAGUGGUCGUGAAAAAGAGAAGAAAAUAUACACUGUAUGAAAAAAAAACAAAAAAAACAAUAUAUAUAUAUAUAUAUACACGUAUGUGUGCAGUUCUGAAGCUACAUGGAUAUAUGUGCAGUGUGUCCAGACAUGUUUGCACUGGUGUGAAAGUGAACACAUUUGCCAAAUGUAUAAAGCAAAAGGCUCAGACUGAGAGCUUGGAUGCAAGAGUAGAACAAAAAGAGAUUCCAGUGGACAGAUCAUUAAAGCUGAAAUAAAAUAAUCGGUCAUACAAAUAUAGUGUGUAUCUAUUAUUGAUGCUAGAACCUUUAGAAAGAGUCGUUUUCUAUGUAUGAUAAAGGUUCAAGGCUUAGUGAGAUUUUAGUGAGAUUUGUGUUCUAACAGGAUUUUUAUUUAAAUUUAAGAAACAAAAAUAUUUAAAUACAUUUGUCGUCAAAAAUAUUGCUCCCAGAAGGAAGAUAGAGGUUACCAAAAACAAUGAAUAAUUUAGAUUUUAGACUAGUAUAGACAAUAUUUCAGUCACACAUACAGAAGUAGUGCCUCUUAGUAUAGGUUUAAGCCAUUGUAUUUGCUAGGCACAGAAUACAAGAUGUCUCAGCAUGUAGAAAGUUGUAGAGGUUCCUAAUGGAGUCCUGUAAUAAUUCAUCCAAUAUCCUUUCGCAGUUCCUGCAGAUGUUGUGGCAAGGUGGAGUGCUGUUAACAAAACCAUUCAUCUUGCCAUUGACCAGAGUGCCUCCACACAAGGACAAAAGCGGGACUUGAAAACAGGACACUAAAAAUGAUCUGCUGCCACUCCAUGACAGGCAAUGGAGUCAACACCAAUGCAGUCUUUUUAAUGGUUUGCAUGCAUAUGGUCGUUCGUUGUGCAGUCGUCCACCAGUGGUGCUGGCACUAACCCUAAAGCUAGCCAUAGAAACCCUCUCAUAGAAACAACUGCAUGGAUUGCUUUCAAAAUCUUCUCUGAAGCAUACUUCACAUAAGGCCCAGCAGAUAUUUUACAUUUGUCAAAGGAUUCCUUCUGAGAGCAACUGUUUCUUUGAUGAUAAUUGUGUUAAUUCAUUUAAUUGUAUUUUGGUCCUCCAUACCAGACAGUUGAGCCAUUCUAAAAGCUGAACACAAUCUAUGGGCUUUCUGGGUUUAGUUGUCCCACACAGUGCCCAUAGUAGUGUUCCAACACUUUCCUCUGCUAACAUGGCCCUCACCACAGCUUUCCAUUUGCAAUGUAACUACUGUAUCUCCAAGCCAGAAUGCCAUUCUACAACCUCCACACACUGAACACUGGGCCAGGAAUUCAGUUCCUACACCAAUUGAGAGCCAUAAUCUUGAAACAUCAUGCUGUAGAGCAGUGGUCUCCCAGUCUGUUCCUAGAGAGCUACUUUCUUGUAGGUUUUAACUCUAACAACUCCAAACCUAACACUUGCCCCCAUUCAGCCAACCAAUGACCUACCAAGGCUGUAGCUUCAACUCCAACAACUCUUACAAACCUAACACUCACCCCCAUUCAGCCAACCAAUGACCUACCAAGACUGUAGCUUCAACUCCAAAACUUCAUUCAACCAAUGACUUGUCAAGGCUGUAGCUUCAACUCCAACAAACUCUAACAAACCUAACAAUCACCCCUAUUCAGCCAACCAAUGACGUACCAAGGCUGUAGAGAAUUAGCUGGAUCGAUUGGUAGCUCUCCAUGAUCAGUUUGGAGACCCUGCUGUGGAAUCUGGGUGCUGGAUCAUGAAUUAGAUUUUUUGCUCUAAUAGCUUCUAGAGGUGCUUCUGCAGGUCUUCACCAUUACCGGGAUUAGCUGUUAGGUUGCAUUCAAGAUCUGAAGGUUUGUAGAUAACCAGAACUAGUACUGCGUUCACACUGGCAAAUAAUAAUUUGCUCACUUCGCCCCAAUAUUAUCUCAAGCGGGUGUUUUUGAGGCUUGCGUUGGAAGUAUGUUAAUGUGGUCAGUUAGCAUGCUGGCUAAUCUAGCAAACAACCACUGCUACUACACUGCUUCACUUACUACCAAGUCUACAAAUCUCUCAGAAGAAUUUGUUUAGCAGUUAGCAUGCAAGCUAAGCUAGCAGGCUACUGUAUCUAUUGACCUCUGAUAGUUCUAUGCUUCAUUUUCUUUAAAUUGUUACAUAAAAUGAAAAGAAAAAAGAGGGCAGUUAUAAGCAGUUAGCACCCAAAAGUUCAGAGAAGAUAAGCUAGGGAUCUUAGUCUCAUGAGUCUGCGAUUGGGUUGAAUAAAAUGUUGGCCAUUUAGCAUGAUGGCUAAUCUGGGAAGCUACUUUAUCUAUUGACCUCUGCUACUUCCAUGCUUUGUUUUAUCCAAAUGGUUACGUAGAACAAAAAAAACGAUUGGGCUGAAGAAUGUGAUUGGCCAGUAGAUUUAGAAUUUCGCUUCAGCUUGUAUAACCUGAUUAUUUAUAAGGUUAAUAAAAUCUUAACUCGAUUUGUCGCCAAAUUGAGGCCACAAAUCGUGUAGUACCAUAAGAAAAUGAAUAAAUGCUUGAUGCUCUGUCGUCUGCCAGUGUGAACGCAGGAUAAGAUGGGUACUACAGAAGAGCUCCUAAAGAGGCUUGUAUUGGGAUGGUUCAUGGUUAAGAGUUUUUCUCAGAUGUGUAGAACUCUCUUCGUUGAGGAAUUAUUAAGAAACCUUUAUUCUUCAGACUGUACAAAGACUUCCAGUUGACUAUCUUAGUCAGCUUAGUAGUUCAGUUCUGUACUCAGCCAUAGAAAUACAAUGGUAAUAGAUUUUAUUUUUUCAUUAGAAACUGCAACAAAUGAAAGUUCUUCAGGAAUGGGAUCAGAUUCUGGCUCGAGUCUAUUCAUUUUUCUAUUGAUUUCUACUGUAUCCAAUCCAGGUAGCUCAAUGGGAGGGGGGUUAUGUUACUGCUGGCGUUUGACUUGAAUCUUUUUUUUUGUUUUGAUGCUUUUUUAUAGUGUUUCCUAUACAUUUCUCCAUGCUGUAUUUGGAACGUUAUUACAAAUAUUCUGUUGUUAUUUUCUGCCUUUGAUCUUUUUUGUGCAAUAUGCCGUUCCUGCAUUUCUGAGUUUGACCAUUGUUACAAUGUGUAAAUAGUGUGUUUCUAAAUUAUUGCUUUUUACACAUACGUUAACGAAUAUAUUUUUCCCGUAUUUGUUUGAAUCUGUAGGUGGCAAUGAACCCAUACAUUUUGUCUCCCCCCACCACCAUAUACACAAACUCUUUAAACUCCUUCUCUCGUGCCAACCCUCUUUCAUUUCCCAGAACACUUUUUUUUCUCUUACCAUGACUUUAUGAUGUAAAUAUGAAAUUUAAAGAAAUGUUUAUCUAUUCUAUGUAAUUAAAAAAAAGACAAAAGAAAGAAAAGUUAUUUUAUCUAUUUAAAAACAGUAUGUAACUACAGUGUUGGUCUUUCUUUACUAUAAAUGGUAUUUUUUUUUGUGACCCAGAGGCCUUUUUGGAUUAAGAACUGAUUCAAUGCACAUGGAAAUUUGUAUUAAAAAUAAAGAAAACAAAAAUAAAAAUUCUGAAAAAAUAUUGAUUUUAAGGAAACUUAAAUGAAACCUCUGACAAGAGGCUUGACAGAAACUGUUAGCAUUAUGCUAACAGCUGGGUGAAUGCUUGUUGAUUUUGUGUGUCUAAUAACUGUGUAACAACAAUUACAAUUACAGCAUUAAGUUGAAUCUAUAAAAUAUUAAACAUUAAUACAGUUCACAUAAAUAAUAAUAGAGGAUAAAUGCAGUAAUUGUAAGUGAAACAUUGUUAUUGCAAAGACUAGAAACAUGAAAUUACACAGUUAUUGCAGACAAGAUAAAGCGGGACCAACUGGAUUUUAAAAACUAAUCAAUUAAUUAAUCAAUUAAUUUUAUUCAUAUGCUAAUAAUAAAAUUGGCUUUAAAAUGAAUACUGCUUAUACGAAUUCAAAACGAUACUGAUUAUGGGACUGAAGUUCGACUGGUGGUUGUGUUUCUUUUCUAUUUUGUAUUCAGGGUGAAGUGCUGGUUUUAUCGGUCGUCACGGCCUCAGGUGUAUACUGACCUACAGUACCUGUGUAGAUAUUGUACAGGUUGGAUUGUGUCUUUAAAUUAAUCCUGUCAAUGAAAUAUGGGGAAAGGCCAGUUAUGAUAUAGAAAAAAAAAAUAAUAACAAUUAAAAAAGUGACUUUUUAUCCAAAUAAAUUUCUUAAAAUGACAAAUGA